AUGUUCUUCAAAAUCAUUGUGGUUUUUGGUAUCCUGGGCCAGAUUAGCUGCCAUACCUGGAUUGAGCAGCUUUCCUUGGUCGACCAGGAUGGUCAACCCACUGGUGACCCGGGAUUUAUACGAGGCUACGUGCCCCGGAUUGCGCCCAAUUUUAUUGAUGACGACAAUACUAAUCUCUUGCCACAAGCCCCAUCAUUAACUUUCCAGGAUUCUGAUUGGAUGUGCAAGCCCACCCAGGUGAAAGGUAACCAGACCAAUGGGGCCGUGCUGAAUGCUCAGCAAGGUGAUAGAGUACUCCUUCGUUAUCUGGAGAACGGUCACAUCACUCAACCAAGUAUUCCUCCCAAUAAACCAAGCUCAGGUCAGGUCUUCGUGUACGCUACGACACAACCCCAGGACAAUGACAAGUUCACCGCCAUACACGGUCAGUGGACCCCUGAUGGAACAGGGGGCGAUCAACGGGGAUUCCUUCUCAACACAACAUCAUUCGACGACGGCCGCUGUUUCCAGUUUGAUCCAACCCGCCACAGUGAGAUUGCUACCAAUAGGAAUGACGUUUUUGGUCCCGGACCGUCCAUCACAGAAACUCCGAAUCGCUGGUGUGGCACGAUGAUCUCUCUCGACGAUGAGUUCGGAAACCCCUUCCCAGCUGGCACUGUAUUAUCUCUGUACUGGGUUUGGGACUGGCCUACGUACGUGCCUGGAAAUGCAGGGACCUCACCCACCAUCCUGGAACAGACGUACACGUCCUGCAUGGAUGUAGCAAUUGUUUAA